AUGAAUAAAAUAAUCUUUUUUAUCAUUACACUACUACACACAUUAAUUUUGUGUCAAAAUGAAUUUUCUCAUCUUGAUGAUUAAUCUUCAGAAAACACUUAAAAUUAAUCUAAUGAAGAACUUCAAAAUAGAAUUAAAUCUAAAAUUGAAAAUUAAGAAAUUUAAUCUUCUUUUGAAUAUGAUGAUUUUGAAGAAGAAUAUGAUACUUUAGUAAAUUAUUAAAUUGGUGAAGAACAAACUCUUGAUGCUUAAUAUACAUUUCAUGAUGAUGAAACUGCUAUGAAUAUUGGAGCAGAUUUUUUAGAAAUUAUUAGAGAUGAACUUUUAUAUUCUGAUACUCACAAUGAUAAACCUGAUAAUAUAGUUAUAGAUGCUUCAUAAAAUUUAUAAGAUGAAACACCAUCCGCCAUUAACUUUGAACAAAAUGAAUUAAAAUUAUGUUCAUCAGAUACUCAAAAUAAUUGUUAAUAAUAAUUUGAAGAAUUAUAAUACACUUAAAAAUCAUGA